ACACGAGCGUUGAUAAGCUCGUGCUAUCCUGUUUUUGUUGUAUCGAGGGAUCGAGGCCUGUUUUUGUUGUAUCGAGAGAUCCAGGACGGAUCGAAGACUGAAAAAGACGGUGGAAGGAGAUACAGGUGGGCUUUGCUGGAAGGAUUCAGAGUCCGCAAUUGAUUUCUUAGGCGCCUUCUUCCGCAAUUUUAUCCAGCUUCUAGGGUUUGAUUUGGGCUUUUCUUGCUAUUUUGUUAUCAAUAACUAAUGAGAGUGUGAGGGGGAUUUCUAGGUGUUGUAAUCGCUUAUCUGUAUUGUGUUUUCCUUCCUUUGUUGUUCGAGGGUUUUCAAUUAGAUCUCCUGUAAAGGCCGCAAAGGAUGUAUUCUUGUUAUUUUUGGUACCAGUGACUCUCGAUAGUUGUUUUAUAUUUCCUUCUUUCGUUCUUUUUGUUUAAUCGCAAUUUUCUUCGCUCUUGGUUUUGGUUUGUAUAAAAAAAAGGAUAAAAUAACUAAAAUAAAUAAAAAAAAGGGUACAAGCUUGUUCUUGUAUCUGUUGUUGCAAGCAAGAACUUCUAUCGCAAGAAGAAAAAAAAAAUCCAUUUAAAAGAGGGGAAAGCUUGAUGGGCAGUUCGAUUGUGGCAAAGCGUGGUAAUGGAUAUCUUGGGGUCACUGAACCGAUCUCCUUUAGUGGUCCCACUGAGUUAGAUGUGAUUAAAACUCGAGAGUUGGAGAAGUUUCUUGAAGACGCUGGAUUGUAUGAAAGUCCAGAAGAAGCAAUAUCGAGGGAGGAGGUCCUAGGGAGGUUGGAUCAGAUAGUGAAGAUCUGGGUUAAAAGGAUCAGUAGGGCAAAGGGUUUUAAUGAGCAGUUUGUACAAGAAGCAAAUGCAAAAAUCUUCACUUUUGGGUCUUACCGUCUUGGGGUGCAUGGUCCUGGGGCAGAUAUUGACACUUUAUGUGUGGGACCGAGACAUGCAACUAGAGAAGAAGACUUUUUCACGGAACUUCAUAACAUGUUGGCUGAGAUGCCUGAGGUAACAGAGCUUCAUCCAGUGGCUGAUGCUCAUGUACCGGUGAUGAAGUUCUGUUUUAAUGGGGUCUCUAUAGAUCUUCUAUAUGCAAAGUUGGCACUUUGGGUGAUUCCUGAAGACCUGGACAUCUCACAGGACUCUGUAUUGCAAAAUGCUGAUGAGCAAACUGUUCGUAGUUUAAAUGGUUGUAGAGUAACAGAUCAGAUUUUACGUUUGGUCCCAAGUAUUCAGAAUUUUCGUACAACCCUGAGAUGCAUGAGAUUAUGGGCGAAACGUCGUGGAGUUUACUCAAAUGUUGCAGGAUUCCUAGGAGGUAUAAAUUGGGCAUUACUUGUUGCCCGCAUAUGUCAGUUAUAUCCUAAUGCCUUGCCCAGUAUGUUGGUUUCUCGGUUUUUUAGGGUUUACACACAGUGGCGGUGGCCAAAUCCUGUCAUGCUAUGUGAGAUUGAAGAGGGUACGUUAGGGCUCUCUAUUUGGGAUCCAAGGAGAAAUUUUAAAGAUAGACAUCAUAUAAUGCCUAUAAUCACUCCUGCCUAUCCUUGCAUGAAUUCAAGCUACAAUGUUUCAUCAAGUACAUUGCGUGUUAUGACUGAAGAAUUUCAGCGAGGGAAUGAGUUUUGCGAGGCAAUGGGGGCAAACAAAGCUGAUUGGAGCACUCUUUUUGAGCCUUAUCCGUUUUUCGAAGCUUAUAAAAAUUAUCUUGAGAUUGACAUAACUGCUGCAAAUGAAGAUGAUCUUAGGAAAUGGAAAGGCUGGGUUGAAUCCCGACUUCGCACGCUGAUAUUAAAGAUUGAGAGGUACACAUUUGGAAUGCUUCAAUGCCAUCCUCAUCCUAAUAACUUCUCAGACAAAUCAAGAGCAUUCCACUUCUGUUAUUUCAUGGGUUUACAAAGACAGCAAGGAGUUCCAGUUCGUGAAGGUGAACAAUUUGACAUUAGGGCAACAGUCGAAGAGUUCAAGCAAUCUGUCAACAUGUAUACCUUAUGGAAACCUGGAAUGGAGAUUCAGGUUUCUCAUAUAAAGCGUAAAAGUAUUCCGGUUUUUGUAUUUACUAGUGGAAUCAGGCCUUCUCGCCCCUCCAGUGCUCCUGCUAGUGUCGAUGGCCAUAGCAUUUCAAAAGCUAAGGCCAACAAUAUGGUGCAGGCCUGUAAAUCCAAUGAGACAUGUAAUGGAGACAAAAUUGCAGGCGCAGCUGAUGAGGCUGCAGUUGCUUCUUCAAAUUAUCAUUUAUUUGAGAUAACUGAAUGCAGCCAGCCUGGAUAUAUCUCUGGCAGUUCAGAUUUGACUACUAAAUUAAGAAAGAGGCAAAUGGAAGAUGCCAGUGAGAGUAAUAGGGCUGAUACAAAACGUGUGUGCCCUCUCUCAAACAAAUCACUUGAAACUGUUGCAGCUGCAGAUGGGGGUGGGGAUCAGCUUGGAAUAGGCUCGGUUAAUCAGCUUUUUAAACAAGCCGAACCAGUAGUGAUAAAGAACAUCUCAGGUAAUCCAUCUACAAUACUUGAAGCUUCGUUAGAGGGGUUUGAUGAUCAUCAGUUGCAGACUAAGGAUGAGAACUUGGUAGAAGCUGGGAAUGGCUGCUCUGAUAUCCAUCCUACUGCAAUGAAUAUCGGAACUCAAGUUGGAUCUUCUCAAAAUCAAAAUUUACAAAAUGGAUAUAUGGCCAAUGGAGCUGUGGAGGAGCUUGAGCCUGCAGAGCUAUCGGUUCCAUGCAAUGAACCGCCCGCAGCUGCAACACAGCGCAAGCCGCUUAUUAGGAUAAGCUUCUCCUCUGUCUUAAGAACUGCUGGAAGAAGUAAAUAAAAGACAUCCUGGUACCAUGGAUCAGUUUGUUCUUGACACUCGUUCUUCCUGGAAGCAACAUGAACAAGAAUAGAACAAUUUGGAGAAAAGGGAUUUCUUACAUUUCUAGGUUUUGUACAGUGUACACUUUUUUCUGUUUACUAACAGCUGCGUAUGGUCUUCUUCUGUGCUUAUAUAUAGUGGUGGAAAGUUAUUCGCUUGCACCUGUUUUUAA